ACGCGGAUUCAAUCGAGAGGUUGAGAUUCAUUUUAUGCAUCCAAAUGUAGCAACGUAUGGCGUGAGUUUCGACGUUCUUUUCAUUAUAAGUUAUAACCGUUGAAAAUAAGAAAUUUUUUACCAUGGCUCGAGGAGUUCCACCUUGGUAUCAUGGCAAGAUUUCAGCCGAUGAAGCGACAAAGAUUUUGGUAAAAUUCGGGCAACCGAGUGCCUUUCUACUCCGUGAUAGCCAGUACUCAGAAGCAACAUUUACUUUAUCUGUAACUGGCCCUCAACAAGACAGAGAUGGCAAUUUCAACAUCCAGCAUUACAGAAUAAUAAAGAAUACCAAUAACAGAUCGCAGUGGGAUGUACUCAGUUUUCCAUCUCUUGACGAUCUACAAAAUUGCAUGCGACGACAAGCACCCAAAGAGAGUAAAUCUCGAUUAAAGCUUGUUACUGCAGUUGAAAAGCAAGUGAUUGAGAAAUGGGAUUCUACUGAAAACAACUGGCGUGAUCGGAUAACAGUAUACGAUACAGACAGAGAUGUUAAGAAAGACGAACCUGCGAAACCAAAAAAAACAUCGAAAAAGAACUGGGAUGUUCAAACGCAUUAGUAAAUUGUUUAGUCCAUCUGACGAUCACACUGCAGACAAAGAUGACCAUAUUUACGAGAGUAUUGAUCACCAAGACGGUAUUAAUGGCAGCGAUAAGCAGUCUGGACCUGCUUCACAAUGUAGUAAUUAUGAGACAGUGAAUGACCAUAACUAUUAUCAACCCGUAUCCAAUUUACAAGAUGAUUGUGCCACAGCGCAUGACAGAAAGCAUGGGCAGCCUGUAUCUACUUCAAAUGAAGGCUAUACGACAGUCGAUGACCACAACUACCUUCAGCCCGCAUCUAAUUUACGAGAGCGUUGUGUGACAGUGCAUGACAGCAUCCAUAAUCAAGCGGUACCUACUUCACGAGAUGGUUAUGCAACAGUGGAAGACCCUCACUAUAUAGAGCCCACAUCUGAUUUAAAAGACGGUCAUGCAACAGUGAACGAGAGCAAGAAUAUGCAGACUGUACAUUUUUCAAAUGACAGUCAUGUAACAAGAAAUGACAGCAGCCAUUUGCAACCUCUACCCACUUCAACAGAAGGUUAUGCAACAUUGGAGGAUCCUCGGUAUUCGCAGCCCGCAUCCGAUUCACGAGACGAUUUUGUGACAGUAGAUGGCAGUGACCAUAUACAACCUGUAACUACUUCAAAAGACAGCGGCUAUGCAAUCUUGGAAGAUCCUCACUAUGUGCAGGCUCGAUCCAAUUUAAAAGAAGGUCAUGCAACAGUGGAUGAGAGCACGCCCAUGCAGCCUGAAAACAAUUAUGAGCCUACGGACGAAGUUAACAAGAUGAGCGCAAGAAACCAGCUUUAUCACAGGAAGGAGAGUCUGCAAGAAAAAGACAAAGACAAAAGCGAUGAGUACGCAAGCCCCACGGCACUUGGCCAAUACAAAACGGCGAACGACGAUGAGAAUGCCAUCUACCAGUCUCCUACUUCUAACAAGAAGCUACUAAAUGGUAGAGGAUCACAAGUGGACAAUCCUGAAUAUAUGAACAAAAUAGUCGCACAACUUUUCUAACUAUGGUAUAACAACAACAAAAAUAACACAAAUGUUUGUAAUGUUGCCUGUAUAGAACUGUUCAUAAAAUCAUGCGUGACAUAAACAUCAUAAUGGAAUAACUGUAAACUCAAGAAAUUCUAAACUUAGACCAACUCUUUCAGGAAAAAUUUUCACUGUAAAAACUAACUCUUUCAUGCAUUUCACUGACGUUGCACUUAAAAGAAUUGCAGUAUUCUUUAAUGGUUACAUAUUUUCUAUAAUGAGGAGUUUCUUCUGUACUUAAUCUCUUGUAAAAUCGCGUAAAAUUUUUUUCAAAGUCGACCAUAAUUGACACAAAACCAAAA